GGAUUCCUUCAGUUACCUUGCUAGGUUGUAUAAUCAAACAUGGCGGCGUCCAUGGUUUGCCGCAGAUCUUUGCAAAAUCUCAAGAGAUUUUGCUUCAGAAAAACUUUUAUUCGUCAGUUUGGCGACAGAAAAAAUUCUUCCACAGGAGCCUAUUUCAUUUUCAUACCAGAGGUUCCUAAAGACACAGCGGAAACUAACCCUAUUAUGAGACUGGAAGAAUUUCCAAAAUUUACUGAACUAAAUCCUUCAAACAUUGUCAGUGGUUGUGCUAAAUUGUCACAAGAAUUUGAUUCAAAGUUGGACAAAUAUGUUGAUGAAGUUAUUGUUUCAAAGAAAGAAGUAUCAUUUAAGCAGUUAUUCAAUUUCGUGGAAAGAAUUAUCAUACCACUCCAGUAUGCUGAAAAUCAGGCAAAUAUUCUGCGCCUGGUUAAUCUAGUGAAAUAUACGAAGAAUAUGUUUGAUAGAGUUUCCAGUCAAGCUGAAAGAUCAAGGAAUCAAAGAUUUGUCAACAAAGAAUUAUAUCAAAUUCUCAAGGAGAUCAAUGCUAAACGAGACAAAUUAAGUGCUGAAGAGCAGCGAUUACUUGACAUGUAUAUGCGUGAGUGCCGACUUGCCGGUGCCGAAUCUGAUGAGAAGGGAGAAGCACUAUUGAUGGAAUGCUACAAGAUAAUCAGUCAAAAAGAGGAGGAAUUUCUGGAGAAGUCAAUCUAUCACAAAUCGUUGUUUGCCUUGGAGCUUGGACCAGGAAUGUGGGAUCUUGCCAAACAGUUACCACAACAUGUGAGACUCUCAAUAGCUGUAGAUAAGACACAGCCAGACAAAGGGCCGUGGAAAGUUAGCUUGCUAUCGUAUGUGUACGAAAGUUUUUUGGAGAUGUGUCCGCGUAGAGACUAUCGUUAUAAAGUGUGGAACUCGUUCCAUACAGUAGGAACAAAUCUAACAACAGAUAUCAGACUGCAUACUUAUGAAGUUAUUAAUGAGAUACGGCAGUGCAGGGGUGAUAUCGCAACAACUCUAGGGUAUAAGAAUUUUGCUGAGAUGUCAGUGCAAACUUUGAUGGCUGGAAAUGUGAAAACAGUUUUUAAUAUGUUAGAUGUCUGCAGAAAUGCCUUCCUGCCAAAAGCAAGGGAUGAUUUACAAGCUUUACAGGAGUUUGCUAAAGACAAGGGUAUGAAGGUAGACCUUAAACAGUGGGAUAUUCCAUUCUAUAGAAGGUUGCAGGCUGAUGCACUGUACAAAGUAACAAAGAUAGACAGACAAGGAUAUUUUUCAAUGGAGAAUGUUAUAACUACCAUGUUAAACCUCAGUGAAAAACUCUUCCAAAUCAAAUUUCAGAGAGUCCAUCCAGGAUCUGUAGAUACCUGGAAUAAUGAUGUCAUUGUAUUUGAUGUCUAUAACACAGAUGGGUCAUAUAUAUCUAGAUUCUACAUUGAUCCUUAUGCCAGAAGGGAGAGUAAAAUCAGAACAAACUCUAAUGAAAUUUGUAGAGAUCGCAGUGAAAUAGUGAAUGUUACACCAAUAUCAGUUCUACUUCUGACCUUGAAUAAAAUCACAUUUCCUGGAGUGCCAACUUUGAUGUCUUUCAGAGAAGUUUUAACAAUGUUUUAUGAGUUUGGCAAUACACUACAACAGAUGUUGACAACAUGUAAGUACAGUGAGGUGUCAGGACAGAGGAACAUUGAGGUAGAUGCUGUACAUGUAUGUAGUUAUGUGAUGAAGAUGUUUGCCAUGCAGCCACAUGUUAUACACGAGAUGAGUGAACACUACCAGACCAAACAAAAACUUACAGAGGAUGAAAUAUCCAGACUUAUACAAUGUCAAAAUCUUCUGGUUUCAUAUGACUUCUGUCAUGAAUUAUACAGAAGUGCCUUUGAUUUAGAAAGUCAUUUACAGCCAGAGAAGUUCCAUAAGGAUGUACAGAAGGAGAUGUAUAAUUUGUUUAUGCCGUUAGAAAUUCACAAUGAGGAUUGGAUCUGGUGCUCAGACCCGGUACUCUGGAUCGGUCGAUCACAUGCAGCUGCCUAUUACCAGAACAUCUGGUCAGAGAUGUUGGCUGCAAACAUAUUUGAAGAGUUUGAGAAAGGAGGUAUAGAUAAUGAAAAACAUAUCUCCAAAGUUGGGAAAAGGUUUCGUGAUACAUACCUAUCAUUAGGUGGA